AUGCGUCUCACCUUCCUCACCACAGUCCUCACCCUCCUCCACCUAACCACAGCCUCCAUCCUCCCCCAACUCGACUCCAACCUGCUCCCGAAGUUCAAAGCAGCCCUAUCCAAAACCAAGGGACAUGGAAUCAACCUAAAAACCACCACAGGCUUCCCAGCCCCCGCCAGCAACACCAACACCAACUCAACAACCUACUCCUUCCCUAAAACUUACGCCCUCCUCCUCUUCCGCUCCUUCGAGAUCCUCGACGCCUACGGACCCAUAGAAAUCCUCCAAUUCGUGUCUCACUUCCACCCUUUACGUCUACUCAUCUUCUCUCGUUCAGGACCACCAGCACCAGUCCUGACAUCCCCGACUUUACCGUCCAUGAACCCCCAAAACAGCUCGUUUUAUCCGACCUUCAACCCCACGCAUGCCAUCCCCACUAGUGAAGAGCAGUGGAACGACCCUGACAUGAGAAAAGUGUUGGAGAGCGUGGAUGUUUUGCUAGUUCCCGGUGGGAUGGGGGUGUAUAAUCCUGACUUGGAAAGAGGUGGGGAGCUGGAGUUUUUGAGGAGGAUGAGAGAUGAAUUUGGUGUUGGUAUUGGUGUUGGAGGGGAAAGAAACGAUACAAAGGAAAGGAAGGAUAAAUACUUGGUGACGGUAUGUAACGGGGCUGCGGUGGCGGCUAGGGCGGGCGUGCUGGAUGGACGGAGGGCGACUACUAAUAAGAUGGUUUGGGGGGAGGUGACGCCUUUGGGGGAGAAGGUUAAGUGGGUCUCGCCAGCUCGAUGGGUGGUUGACGACAACAUCUGGACUUCAUCGGGAGUCACGUCAGGAUUGGAUUUGACGUUCGAGUUCGUCAGACAGAUGUAUCCGGAUGGAGUGGCAAUGGCGGAUCUGAUCGCCGGAGCGAUUGAGCAUGAGCCGGUGAUGGAUUGGAGGUAUGAUCCAUUUGCUGAAUGGUUUGGGGUGCCGCCGCAGAAUUAG